GUUGGAUAUUCUUGCUUGAAGUUUGCUAACCAAAGAUCUCAGCCAUGAAAUUUGCAAUUGUCUUCUUGUUCCUGGGUAUAGGAAGUUGCCUUGGUAAGUUACAUUGUUCCUGUUUAACCCCUUAAGGACACAUGAAAUGUCAUGAUUCCCUUUUAUUCCAUAAGUUUGGUCCUUAAGGGGUUAAUCAAUGUUGUGCUACCAUUAGUUCAUAAAUUUGCUUUUGCAGAGAGAAAAAAAAGCAUAUAAUGCUAUAGUACUAUACAAUUUUAAUGUUAUUUAAUAUGUAUUUAUUCAGAAAUAGCAGAAAUGGGGAUUCGCGAUUCAGAGAAUUUUGUAAAAUAACUAUCAGACCUGAAUUAGACUUAGUCAGGUUGUCACAUUUCACUGUUUAGUUAAAUAACUUACACGGCUUGCUAAAGUCAGAAUUCCAAGUGAAUUUCAAAUCUAAGCUAAAAGUAGGCAAAAUGGAAACAUUCUCCUAGACAACUAUGCUUCCAGUCCAGCUAAAAUUUGAAAUUCACUGUGAAUUAUCACUUUAGUUAAUAAUUCUGUUAGUAUUUUAUAUUUUGUUGUUGAGUCAACUGAUUUUGUGAAAAAAUGGGCUAUGUUUUAAAAGUUUGAAAGUGCCUUAAUACAAUACUAAUACCUACACAUUUUAAAUGUUUAGUUCUAAAAAUCAAAAACUACUAUGAAAUAGAGAAUUGUGAUAGGAAUAUAUGAAAUUAUAAAUCUUUCAAUAUAAAUUUCAAUAUAAACCAUAUCAACAUACUAUAAUGUAUCUCUAAAAUAUAUGACUAGUUCAAGUAGGGUACAAUAUCAUGUUUCAAAAUCUCUCCAUAUAGUAGUCUUCUCAAGCGUUAGCCUUUAUUCCAUACCACUUGUACCUAAACGUGUGUUUCAUCAUAUUUUCUAAAUGUUAUUAUGUAUGAUAUUGUGCAUUUUACAAACACCUUAUAUUUUCUAUUACAAAAUAAUGGAAAUUAAAUAAAUCUAAAAUAGGAAAGUAGUUGUGCUACUUAGUGUGAAUUUGGUGUAAUUUUGGUCUCUGCUAAAUGUAUUAAUUAUAAAUAAAACUAAUGCAUAUAUUUUUUUUGCUUGCAGUCUCUACAAAUGCCAAUGCUAUUAGGAAGAAGAAAAUGACCGUAAGGAUUUUUUUUUUUAAUUUCUUGAUAUAUGAUCUAUAACAGUUACUGUGAAAAAUAUAAAAUAAUUCAUAAUGGAACAACUUCAGCAGUCAAUAUAUUUAUUUAUUCCUCAAAAAGAUGCACACACUAGCAAAAAUUACCAGAAAUAAAGCAGGUGUGCAGAAAAUAGCAUGCAAAAAUAAUUAUAUCUAAAAAGUAAUAUUUUUAUAAUUUUUGUAAUUUUGUUUCCAGCGUCUUCAGUUAUUAAGAUUAAUGUUUAAUUCAUACAUUUGUUUUCAGGAAGCUGAAGCUAUGAGCAACGGUCGUGGUCUUGCUUUCAUUAUGAACAGAUAUAGCAAUUACAAGGUAAAUUACAUUUUAUACCUUCUACAAAUUAAUAAAAUAUGUAACCGAUAGAGCUGUAUUCAAGUACAAAUACAAAAUGUGUGUCAUAGACACAUGCCUGAGUAAAUGGUCUAACAUUUACCAGCUGUUAAAAAAACAACAAACUAAAAACUAAAACUAUAUACCAAAAUUGGAAUUGGCAAUGUAUUUUCUUGAAUUUUAAUACCAUGUAUUUGCAAAUAAAUCUAAACUAUACUAUAUUUUAUCUAACAAUGGAUUUAAUAUUUUAUUUAUCUUCUACAGAACUGUGCAAGAUGCUCCGACAUUGAAAGAUACUGCAUGGAAAAGGCUAUUGUAGAAGAUUUUGUCUUGCUGAUAGUAGGAUAUUUUUCUUAUAUUUUUUUAUUUUUUUAUUUCAAGCACAAUGUUGUACAGGGCAAAUUUCAGAAGUAAACAAAAUAAUUUAUUUCAUGUGCAAACUUACAAUAAAAUUAGGUAUCGCUUGGAAUUGACUAUAAUUGUUGAGCUGCAGAAUGUGUCCCGUUUACCAACAUGUGAUAAAAAUAUACAAUAAUCCCACUAGCUUCCCAAAUUAGUAAAGAAACUUAGAUUAUGCAUUACAUGUUUCCUCUUUUAUUUCAUUAUUUUAAAUCAGAAAUUAUUACAAUCUGUUAGAAAACAAAACACAAACUUUUGAAAUGAUUAAGAUACAUAAAAUCCAAUACCUUUUUUGGUGACUUCUGAGGAUAAAUAAUUGUAAAAGGUUUUUUUUCUCUAAUUUAUUUCAAACCUUUCUGAUUCAAAUAAAUUAAAUUUAGGCCACAGUAUGAAGAUUAUAUGCAACUAUAAAAGUUUGCCAUUCACCUUUACUGCAAGUUACAAUAUAGCCUUUCAGAUAUUUGUAUUACACUAUGUAAGUUUAUACUAUAGGGUACAAUAAUGAUAUUUAUAGUAAUAAUAAAUAAAGAAAAUGACAUAAAAUUAAACAGGGGAUCAAUGUUACAAAUACAAUCAUCCAGUGGUAUACACAAAAUAACUUAGCAGUUUGUAAACACUAUAUUACUAAAUACAAUUUUUUUCAAAUGUGUACUAUAUGACCCCAUUUAUAUGUGGUACAAGUUAUAUUAUUUAUUAAAAAUAAUGGGAAUACUCCGACCUGACUUCAGCACCAGUAACCAAUUUUUCCCAAUAAAAUUGUUUUGAUGGCUGGAGCCUCCGGGUGCUAUUUUUUUUCCUUACUGGGUUAAACCAUUUUUGAGCAACUGAACUAGAAAAGUUGUCACUAGAUACCUGUCCACACUGCCUUCGCUGUCCUCCUUCCUGUCUCUGCAGGAAGAUUUGGCUUGGGCACCGCUGAUGAUCUCUGAUGAUCACUUACUGCCAGUUUCAUGUAACAGUAUAUACUAGCACCCAAGCCAAACCCUCCAUGUCAUAAGUGUAGCAGAGAGGAAGACAGAGGUAGCGGUGUGCAUGGGUGAUGGGUUCACAACUUCCUGGUUAAGCUGGUAAAAAAAAUGUUUAACCCCAAAAGGGUAGAAGACACCCAGAAAAUCUAGCCCCUUGCAAAGACUUCAUCGAGAUGAAGUUGUUAUAGGUGGUGAAGUGGUCCUAGAAAUAUACACAAUUGCACAUAUGUUAAUAAAUAGAUAUGAGGAGAAACAUGUUUUAAUCAUGUUCUUUGAUGUUCACAAAAUAUAUUUUCAUAUUUUUUAGAAAUUAUUGGCUGGAGAUAUGGGAUGUGGUCAUCGUGAUCUUCUUGGCAAACUGGUAAGAUGAUGCCAGUACACCAAAUAAAAUUAAUUUCAAAUGAUUAGCUAUAUUUAUUUUAUUUGUAUGCAAUGCAUAUAUCAGGUUUUUAAAAGUUAACAGCAUGAAGCUAAAUAACGCAGAGACGCAGUGACAAAUGUUAUAUUACACGUAUUUAAUAAGUACAUACUUAUCAAAUUAUUUGCCUUCCAGCUGAGAUACAGUCUCUGUUUUACUGUUCAUCACUAAUAAAAUGUUACAAAAUAAAAUAUAUACAUUGUCAGAACUCAUGACUGGAUAACAAAAAUACAUUUAUCAUAAUAGAUAAAAUAUCUAAUUUAUAGGAAAAGUGCAAGAUAUCAUUAAUGAUACAAACCAAUGAACAAACAAGGAGCUUUUAGUCAAUGCAUUUUCAAACAAAUGACAUUUUUUUUCAAAUAUGAGACACCAACCAGGUUAUUCAAUUGCAAUUAAGUACCAAUAUAUAUCUUUAAAAAUAUUAUUUUAGUCUGAAAGAUAUAAAGACUUAGGGAUAAACGGUAUUAAAUAACAUACUAUGGUCCAUUUAUGCUAAUAAAAAGAAAAUCUCAUACUUUACUGAUUUCGGUUGACAGAAGACAUUUUGUUUGUUAUCCUUUAGUUUCUGGUUAGAAUGUUUGAAGAUUCUGUCAUUGUAAACUCCUUUAGUACAUUUACAUGAAAUUACCAAUGUGUUUUGUCGUGCCUCUCUUUUGUCUACCUUUUGUCUGUCUGUGAUAUUGAUUCUUAAGCCUUGCAUCAGGUUGUAGUUAAACUCUGCAUAAUAUCAGUUUUACACCUUCUGGGAAGGCCUGUGUUUGCAAAAUCACUGGAUGGUGGCACUCUUGUAAAAGCUAAAUUUAGGAAUAAAAUCAGCUUAAUUAAUGAACAGAACAUUUGUGAACAUUAAUUUGUCUGACAUGAUUGUAUGGCAUUUUAUUAUAGUUGUAUAAUUUGUUAUCUCAAACAAAAACAAAACAUUGACCUGUAAACGGUUUAGUGAAACAUUUCAGAUCUAAGACAUUCUUUGGGUUUCUUGUACAAAUUAACCCUCUCUACUCCAGAUACUCAAAUGAGAAUAUAUUUCUAGCAAAUAUGUUAUUAAAAAUAUAAAACUUUCCCUAACAAUAGCUACUACUUUUCUAAAACAAUAGUAAAUCACAUUAUAUUUUUAUGAGUCACUGAUAAUUAUUUACUUUUUUUCAGACAAUUAAUGUGCAAGCUCAGUAUGUAUAUGGUGCUUUUGAGGUAAGAAAAUAUAUUCUGUAUUGUAUAAAUAUAAGUGUUUACAGUUAACACAUUUCUAUAGAUCCCCAGUACCGACCACUGAUUUUUAAAGAUACAUAACUGAACAAACAUAUCAAGUCCUAAUUUCACAAUAUCUGGUCCACUCCCUGAGUUACUUUUGUAUUGUAGUUUACUUAUUUGUGACCCUCGAACUUCACUGUAUCAUCUACUUCUAAAUUAAAGACCAAGGUAGCCAAAAUGGAAAAAUUCUCCAAGUCAGCUAUGCUUCCACUUUAGCUACUUUGGCCUUACAUUUUAAAUUCACUUCACAUUCCUGGUAACUCUCACAUUGACAAAUAUCCAUAUUUGAGUAUGAUUCCUCGAUUCACUGACCUUAUUUCAUAUUUGGUUACGUCACUGUUUUAUUUUUUUCUCUCACUUCUUGCCUUGCUGUAUUUCUUAAUUAUUUAACGGUCUGUGCCUUAGACUCUCAUCCAUAACAAAAUCUUCCUUAGUAUAGUAAAUUUAAUUCAUUUAAUUUCUGUUCAAAUACAAUACUUCACACUCCUACUUUAAUUUAUCUACUGCAUUUUUUUAAACUCUUCUUUUCUUUUUAAGUAUCAUAAUAACACAGAUCCAAUGUUUUCAUUCACAAUAAACUAAUAAAAAAACAUAUUCGAGUAAGUACCUUAACUUUAAGAGGAUGUAGAGACAAUUGUUGCAAAAGUAACAACCAUCACAGCAUUUUCAGUAUAAUGGUUGGAAGCUUUCACCACACAGUAGUUUGACAGAUGGUCUAUCUCCAAAGUAACAGCGACUAAAAGAAAAGCAACUGGAAUCACAAAUCCAUCACUGUUAAUUCAAAAUACAAAAGUAAUUUAUUGUAGUCAUCAAAUAAGCAUCAGUGACAUGCAACAGUGUAUAGCUGGCAGCAAACCCCAACACAAUGAUCAACCCAUAUUGUGCUGAAAGGCACUUUCUCAAGACCCAGUGUUUUUAAUUUACAAAGACAAGAACAUAAUCUUGAGUACAAGAGAUCAGCCUGAUAUAGCAAAAACCCUACUUUGAGGAGGUAACCCUGGUAAUUGGAAUUAAAGAAAAAAGGGGGAUGGAGUGUGUUUAACUCAGGACACAAUGAAGUGAAAGUGUUAUAAGUAUAUUAAAACUUAGCUUUUAUUAGAAUUUUAUGCUAAAAUAUAUUCAAACAAUUCCUACAAACAAAAAAAGAAGGGAGGUAAGUCACCAUGGAGCUAAUGUCUAUGGAGCAGUCAUAGUCUGUGAAGGAAUAUAUGAGGUCAAAUAUAAUCAGUGUAAUGCCAAUAGAAUAACUACAAUAAAAAGAUGUAUAUAAUUCCUCACAACUGCCACCUCUGUCUGUGCCUUCAAGGGCACCUAGAAAAAUAUCUAAGUGCUAUCUCUGUAACUCUGUAAGGUUCCAUCAACGCUAUGAUUCAAGUCUUAUCUGUGCCUUCGAGGGCACCUUGCAAAAUAUAUCCCACUGUUAUGUCUAUAGCUGUGACUCCCUUCCUCCUAAAAUAUUAGCUAGAAUGAAACAAAACAUUUAGAAAAUCUUGAUUGCACUCAUAUUUAAAAAGCAUGUUAUGUGGUGUCUAGUAAGUAUCACUAAGUGACAUUGCCUUCUUGGUUAAAGGCCAGCAAGAAGAGAAAAAUAGGGUGACGUUCGUUAAAAUCAGUGGGAAUAUCCAAAUCAUAUUGUAAAAUCAUAUUAAAAAAUAUGUCUUUACUCUCCCCAUCCACCUUUAAAUUUGAAUGGCAUGGCAUAAUUAGACUGCUUAUUUGAAAAUAACAAAAACAGUAAAUGUGUAGUCAUUUUUGAUACUUAUCCAUGUUUUUUAUUGCAAACAUUGCACCUCCUAGUCUGUAACACUAGGGAAUGUGCCCUCGAAAGGUUUUCACAAUAGUUCUGCACAAACUGCAACAAUAUACACUACAGAUAGGACAAUUCCUGCAAAGUGAAAAAGAAGUUUCAAUCUUUGCUAUUUGUAUGGUAUAUGUUAUUCUCAGUACAGUAUUAUUGUUCUUAAUUUUUUUUGUAAACUCUUAUACAGAAUAACAUGUAAGUUAACCAAUAAAUCCUUUCUUUAUUUUUAGCGCAAUGAUAUUGACACCUUCUGUAAGCAUGUAAGAGCAAAUGCACAAUUAGAUGCUUUGGUGCAAGGUCUAUCUUCUAUCCUGGUAAGUUUUUAUCAUACUUAUAUAGGUUAGUCCUCCUCAGUAAAUAAGAAAUAGUUGAAGAAAAUUAAAUUAAAAUUGCUCUGCCACAUAUAGAUAUUUUUUUAAUUGUAUUUAUGUCAAGACCUUUAUUAGUAUUGCUAUGAUUCUACUUGCUGUUUUAAUGACAAUAAGCUGCAUUUAAGAUUAUUUAAUAGUAAAUUGUAAUAUGUUUUUAUUUUUAUUUCUCAGGUUGAACCUUUGAAACAAUCAAAUGUUGAACUUGGAGGUGUUCUUAAUUCCGUUAAUGGUGUUUUGGUAAGGAAAUCAUAUUCUCUUUAAAACCCAAAAGACUUACAUAAGAGCUGGUACAAUGAUUUUUACAGUCUUGGGCAAAUUGCAGUUUCCACCAUGUGAAUCCCACAUUUCCCUUCCUUUUUUCCCAAUUUUGUCUAGUUUCUCCCUCAGCUGUGUAUGUCUCUUUCUAUGUGUAUUUUUCCAAUUUUUAUACAAACAACUAGUAUCUUUACUUAGAUUUUAUAUUUGACUUGAUUUUUAAUUAACUUAAAUAUUAUUAUUAAUAUUUACUUUCAUUUACUUAAAUAUUAAUUUGAAGUAAUAUUCAGCAAACUAAAACAGAGGGGACAGAGUUGGUGACUAGUGCUCCAGCAGCUUAAAAUUUCAUUUUGCACCUCUGUUCCUAAGGGUUAAAUACCUUUAAAGAAAGAGUGAACAAUACACAGUUGAAUUAUUUGUAAAGAAUUGACAAUGGGAAUGCAAAUUUUAGCUGAUGUUGGCAAGAUUAAUUUGAAGAAUUCAGCUAUUUUGGACUAAAAUAUUCAACAUUCUAUAUUGCUUUUUAUAGACGUUUACCAAACAUAAUUCUAGAGAAAAUUUAAAGUCAAGAUCUUGUAAAUUGAUAAUUGGAAAAUUAUUUAUAAAAUUACUAUAACAGCAUUUGAAUCUAAAAAAAUACUUAUAUUUUCAUUAUGUUGUAUAAUCUUUUUUGUUUCGGAGCAACAAAACUAUUUAAAUUCCAUAACAUAUUUCUAUUCAUUCUAGGGUGGUAUACUUAGCCCAGCUCUUUCAGUGGUUAAUUCAGUUAUCGGUGGAGUCCUUGGUGGAACACUGGGUGCGGUCAGUGGUGUGGUUGGUGGUGCUGUUGAUGCCUUAAGUGGUGUUGCUGGUGGACUCCUUGGAGGUGCUACUGGUGUCCUUGGUGGACUUACUGAUACAGCUGGUGGUCUUGUCGGUGGUCUUACUGGUGGUCUUACUGGUGGUCUUUUGGGAGGAGGUGGAGGAGGAAAGAAGGGUGGCCUUGGAGGCCUUCUAGGUUAAAUAUAGGUAAGAUAACUAUAUACUUUAUGCAGUAUUUAUCUAAGGUGUAUAUUUAAAUGUAAUAUAUAUGUAUGCUAAAUAUAUCAGAAUAUAUAUCUGAAUCAGCUGUAAGAGUAUUUCCAUUUCAUAACAUUACCUUCUCUGUAUAAUUGCCUUUUUUUCUGGUGCCCCUCUCUCAUAUUGCCAAAGCCAAUCUAUCACUUUGGUGCAAGAUUCUGUUCAAUAUAUAUUUUAAAAUGUGAUUAAAAAGCAUCCACAACAUGACAGAGGGUAUGAAACAUAUGAAGGUUCCCCCUAAGAAGAAGGAUCAGUAACUUACCAAAAGUUAAAGGGCUGCUCCAAGCAGAAUGACAAAUUCAGUGAUUUGAAGUGACCAGGAUACUUGGAAUCUGUAAAUGCAACAAUUGAGAAACACUUAACAUAAAGAGUUAAAUCAGAUAAUUGUACAGUUUUUUUGGUUGGAGUAAAUUUUCAGUGGGAUUUCCUAAGAUCUGAGAAGGAAAUAUUUAAUAUGUACAAAUCAAAGAGGGUCUGAAAUCUGUCAUUUUCUCUCACUUCCAGGUUUAUAUUUAUUUAUUUUAAAAUCAUAAACCUGGAAGUGAGAGAUAAUGACAGAUUUCAGCACCUCUUUGAUUUGUACAUAUAAAUUAUUUCCUUCUCAGAUCCUAGGAAAUCCCAUUGAAAGUUUACUACAAUUGAAAUCCCAUUGAAAGUAUAUUGUUUUUAUUUGGAAGAGCCACUCUGCGUUCUGCAGUCUAUUGCCAGGGCCGGACUGGAAAAUUCGGCCAGGGCAUUUUUUAAUUACAGCAGCCCACUAAAAAGGGCCGGGGCCAGGUAGGGUGUGUUUUGUCAUCACCAAUGACAAGCACGCCCCAUCACAAAGUGAGCAUGUUGGUUCAAUGCUCUUCCAGGGUAGACCAUGUGCAGAGCUCUGCUGAAGAGCUCUGGCAUAAGAAAAAUACCCUGUAUUUGUUCUGCACAGCGCAAGCAAAUUUAAUAACAUGCUUGCACUGUGUUUGCUUGAAAUUUGUCUCUGGUGUCUCCGUAGUUGGGAUACCAGGAGACAAAAAUGCCAGGAAAGUAUAUUGCGCAGUGUGUGUGAGGGUGCUCUGUGUGUGUGCGUGUGUGUGUGUGUAAGGGGUGUAGUGUGUGUGAGAGGGGUGCAGUGUGUGUGUGAGUGAUGGGUGCUGUGUUUGCGUGAGGGUGCUAUGUGGGUAAGGGUGCUGUGUGUGUGAUGGGUGCAGUGUGUGUGUGCUGUGUGUGAGUGGGUGCUGUGUUUGCAUGAGGGUGCUAUGUGCAUGUGAGGAAGCUGUGUGUGAGGGUGCAGUGUAUGCAUGUGAGGAAGCUGUGAGUGUCAGGGGUGCAGUGUGCUGUGAGUGUCAGUGCAGGGUGUGUGAUGUGCGUGUCAGGGGUGCAGUGUGUGUGUGAGGGUGCUGUGAGUGUCAGGGGUGCAGUGUGUGUGCUGUGCGUGUCAGGGGUGCAAUGUGUGUGUGUGAGGGUGCUGUGAGUGUUAGGGGUGCAUUUUGUGUGUGCUGUGAGUGUCAGACGUGCAGUGUGUGUGUGAGGAUUCUGUGAGGGUGCUGUGAGUGUCAGGGGUGCAGUGUGUGAGGGUGCUGUGAGUGUUAGGGGUGCAUUUUGUGUGUGCUGUGAGUGUCAGGGGUGCAGUGUGUGUGCUGUGUGUGUCAGGGGUGCAGUGUGUGUGUGUGAGGGUGCUGUGACAUGAGUGAUUAUAUCCCCCUCCCUGCUUACCUUUAGCCUGGGAGAGGGGGAUCCUGCUGCUGGGGCUGCCAUCCAUCCCUGGUGGUCCUAGUGGUGAGUGAACUCUAGACUGUUGGGCUAGAGUUCACUCUCGCAAGACCCGGAGCGUUACCAUGUAAGUUAAAGCUCUGCCGGGUUCCUCUGCUGGCAGGCUGGCUCCCUCCCUCUCUCCCCGCCGGCGGCUGGAAUAUACUCUAUGUGGGCCGGUGAGGGAGAUCUCUGAUCUCUCCACGGCCCGCUAUAGACUACUGCAGGGCCAGCUUUUGGAUAGUGCCGGCCCUGCAAAGACCGGCAGGGAGAUCCUGUGAUCUCCCUGCCGGCCUCAGCCCCACAGCCACCGCGGCCCACCGGGCAUUUGCACGGUGUGCCCGAUGGCCAGUCCGGGCCUAUCUAUUGCUCACCAUUGCAGUAUCUAACGGUUAACGUUAUGUGAUACAUUAAUUUGAAUAAUUGCUUUUACAUUUUUUACUGCAAUAUUUACUAUUGGAAAUUCAUUGAUAUUUUUAAAUUUAAGGCUGAAAUACCUAAAUUAGGACAAUAAUACAGGUUAGCUGUUUUGGUCUAAAUUUGCAUUAACUUUGAAUUCUUGACACAUCUCACAUUAGUAAAUAACCCAGUUAAUCAAAUAUUAUUUAAGCUCAUAAGAGGAUUGCAUAAAUUCCAUAUUCUCUUAUCAAAUGCUAUGUUGGUUUUGGGCUGCAUUGCACUGGGAUUGGUUACAAGUGUAUCCAAUGCUCUAAUGGAUCAUUGCUGAUAUAUAUAUAUAUAUAUAUAUUAAAAACAAAUAUGAGAGCACGAUAGGCAAGGACACUAUAAUGGAACACAUUCAUCAUUAUUGAUCAAUAGGAACUUUGAGGUAAACUAUGAAAAUCUGCAGACUUAAAGUAUCUUGAAGUAGUGUUAAUAAUGUAUAUAUCUUUCUUUUAGGUGACUUUCUGAUUCAUCUGAGAAGACAAAGAAAUGAUACAUUCUUACUUUAUUAAUUCAUCUGUGUGUCCUUAUUUCAAAUCUUUUUUUACUACUGCAUACAAUUGCUCUAUUUUCUCUAAUUUUGACUUUUGAUCUUAUUUUGCUUGUAUCACUCCACUCGAUUUUCAAUAAACACACAGCUCUAAG